UGAAUCAAUAUUUAGUGGCAUCAAAUGGUUGGAUCAGUUGUGAACAACACAUGUCCACUAAUACCACACUAUAUAUCGACAUCUGAUUGUCAAUAACCAUCACAUCUGACCACCAAAUUAUGAAUGACUCCAAACUGGAAACCGAGAUGUCAGAAGUGGACAACACUUUGGGUGAGGAUCUGGUGAAAGAAGUGCUUCAGUCGGGCGUCGAUUUGCGGUCUUAUAGUAAAGAAGUGGAGAAGUCUUUGACGGACAUCGAGAACGCGUCGGUCAACGACUACAUCCUGCAGUCGGAAGCGAUCGCAUCCUUGCAUUCGGAGAUCACGUCUUCGGACCAGAUAUUGGAGCGCUUGGAGGGGAUGUUGUGCUCGUUUCAGGCAGACUUAGGCAACAUCUGUCAGGAGAUACUAUCGCUUCAGGAGCUGUCGGUGUCACUGAACCAAAGGCUCAAAAACAAGCAAACGAUUCGUUCAAAUCUGAGUCAAUUCGUGGACGACAUGAUUGUCUCGGAGGCGUCGGGCGUCGAUUUGCGGUCUUAUAGUAAAGAAGUGGAGAAGUCUUUGACGGACAUCGAGAACGCGUCGGUCAAUGACUACAUCCUGCAGUCGGAAGCGAUCGCAUCCUUGCAUUCGGAGAUCACGUCUUCGGACCAGAUAUUGGAGCGCUUGGAGGGCAUGUUGUGCUCCUUUCAGGCAGACUUAGGCAACAUCUGUCAGGAGAUACUAUCGCUUCAGGAGCUGUCGGUGUCACUGAACCAAAGGCUCAAAAACAAGCAAACGAUUCGUUCAAAUCUGAGUCAAUUCGUGGACGACAUGAUUGUCUCGGAGGCGGUCAUCGCACACAUCGUCGACACUCCCGUCUCGGAGAAGGAGUUUUUGGAGCAGUUGUAUGUCUUGGACCAUAAGAUCACUUUCGUGAAGGAACAGUCCUUUCGUGAGGCCAAGAGCUGCUCCGAUGUGCUCCAGAUCCUCAACAACCUCAAGAUCAAAGCCAUCACUAAAAUCAGGGAAUACUGUCUCAAGAAAAUCCAUUCGUGUCGUAAAGCGAUGACCAACUAUCAGAUCCCACAAAACGCUUUACUCAAGAAUAAGUUCUUCUAUCAGUUCCUUAUGACUCACGACAGGGAAGUGGCGCGAGAAGGAAUUGAUAUACUUGAAGGAAAGGACAUAAAAAUGUGUACAGUUUUGCAUCAGUGCGACGACGAGAGCGGAUGCUGUGAUGUCGGCACAGAGAGAUGUGUCGCACAGACGUCCCAAACGGUUGAUCUAUACUUCUAUGUCAUUCACGCCGACCUUAAGGACAAUAAUACGGGUGGAAACGGAGGUCGCACUGAAGUGUUGAGAUUUGUGAACCACACGAAAUGUCACUGUCAAGAGAUCAAUUACAUGCCACGUACUAAACCAAUGCCAGAGCACUGGCAGUCGGGACCAACACAUCACUACAAACCAGCCUAUAGUAUGGAGGCGACGACCACCCCUGAGCCCACCAUCACGACCACCAUCAGAGCGGACGUCGAUUCGGACAACUUUGCGCUCAGGUGUCGGUGUCCGCACCCAUUCAUCGCACGCAUCAACCCAUCGGACGAGCGCUGUAUUUGCGACUGUUUGGAAAGGGAUCACCACUGCAUCCGUAUCAAGAGAGGCCGACAUAAGUUGUCGCCACUGGAGGCCCGGUGUGUCCGCGCCGGCGACUGUUCAGAGCCCAUGUGCGACUUCGGCGGCACGUAUAGCAAAGUCGAGUCAUCCUGUAUUGCAUCCAAACAUAGCCAAAGAACUAGAAUCCACGGCCGACACCAUCACCAAAGACACCAAAAACAGGCGCAUUGGCUCCACGAGAGGGACUAACCAUUAGAUUCCAAGUAUUUUACAGAUUUUAGCUCAUUUUUAGAGGAUUUUAUAUGCAUUACAAUUAAAUGCAUUGAAUGUAAAAUUGUUUGUCAACUCAUUACUUGUUCUUUGAUUACAC